AUGGCAUUCCCGGCCUUCGAGAGCUCGGGAAUUUCGAGCAAACCGGCACCCUCCACACGGAUACCGGGAGGGCAAGGAGAGACUACUACGUCAACACCUGCAGUCGAGGAUCCUUUGAUCCCGAGAAAGACCAUCCAGGAUGAUCAAGCCAUAGAACCGGAACCGACCAGACACGUCGAUUAUCUGUCGCACGAAUGGAAGGAAGAAGAUAUAUGGCUAUCAUGGAGCUAUGUCACGCACAAACGGAACGGCCUGACCAAUGGUACGCGUUUGGAGAAUGCCUCAUGGAGAUCGUGGACGAAAACGAAAAACCGCUUGAAAACUGUGUCGCCGGAGACGCUGAACUGGCUGAAGGAUUGUGAUGUGACCUGGCUGUACGGACCUUUACAGACACACAGGAGCACGACAGAGUCGGUGGGAAACACAUCGCCCCUGCCCAGUCGGUUAUCCCACUCAUCUUCCUUCAUUUCCAAGAAGCCAAUUCUCAAAAAGAAGUCGGCUUCAGCCGUCAUUCUUGAGAGAUCCAGAUCACAACACUCGCUUCUCCAAAGAGCAGGAGACAUAAUCCGGGUACAACAAUCCGGCCCUGCGGUCCUUGGUCGCCCAAUACUCAGAAGAGGUAACUCGGAAUUUGCUUUGCCUCGGUACAGCGACAGCUCGGUGGCCAAUACUCCUGCGGACCACGACCUGACGGGUCCCCGCGCGUCGUUCACGUUCGGUGAAGUACCGACCCCAUCAGAAUGCAAACAUGUUCUGUUUGAUGAAGAGGUCCGACAGGUACAAGCAAUCGAAUCGGAGGAGGACGACAAGUCCGAUGAGGAAGAUGAAUCUACUUUUGAGGACGAUGAGGAUGACGAUUGUGGCCUGAUGAUGGCUCCUUCUCACCGAAACGGCAGCAGCAGAACCACCCCUCGAGGCAGUUUCAGUAACGAGUCCAAAACAAUUGUGCCACUACCUUCUACCACACUAAAGUACAGAACCGACACCCCGGAACCGCCAGAGAUGCCUAAAGGCUCGUUUGGCCUAUGGGGGAACGGGGGAGGGAAACUUUCUCCUUCACCAUCACAGGAGACUUUGAGGCCGCCAAGGCCGCACCAGAACUUUCUUAUCGACGAUGACCCAGAGUUGGUGGACGAACCAUGGCAACCGCAAUCCAGCCUGGGAGGAGAGCGGUCUCCUUACGAUGACGAAGAUAACGGGAACGGCCUACAUCCUCAUCUGAGGAGGACCGAAUCUGGCAUGUUCAUGCCAUAUGAUGACGAGGAAGAGGCCAUCAUGAACAACACGUUGUUCGGACAAGCCAUGUACGCCGUCAAUACUUUCAAAGAUAUUGCCCACGUGAUAUGGAACGUGGGCUGGAACCGAGAAUAG